AUGGGUGGCAGUCUAGGUACCGGUACUUGCCCCCCGGUCGGUCUAGAUGCGCCGAUCGUGCUACACCUCCGCAUCCUCGAUCGCACAUUUGUCUCUUCUUUUCUCCCGAAUAACAAGGAAGAAAAACAAAACCCUUUGUCUCAAUAUUCUCCAUAUUCUCUAUACUUCGAGAGUAUCCUCCUCUACCCACUAACUGCUACUCUCGGCUCGGUGCCUGGCCUGACCCACGAUCUCCUGUUUCAGUCGAGUCUAGACCGCCCCGAUCGGGAAAAUCCCCUGCCCCUCCUCGUUUCUCAGCCUUCGAUCGUUGUUGACUCUGUCUCACACCCACUGCCCUCCUCACACCCACUGUCCUCCUCAGACCUACCCCGACCUUAA